CAGGGGUUGUCUUCAAUGUCCAGUGUCCUUUUUAGGUGGCUGUUCCUCAACUCUCAUUUUGAAUGUCGUGGCACCCACAGUACCGCAGAUCCAAGUUCCGCCACGUGUUUGGCAAAGCCGCCAGCAAGGAAAAGUGCUAUGACUGUGUGCCCAUCACCCUCAACGUCCAUGACAACCACUUCUGCGCUGUGAACCCCAGCUUCAUCGCGGUGGUGACUGAGUGUGUGGGUGGUGGUGCCUUCCUUGUCAUUCCCAUCAAGCAGACAGGCAGGCUUGACCCACAUUAUCCCAAAGUAUGUGGGCACAAAGGAAAUGUUCUGGACAUCAAGUGGAAUCCAUUCAAUGACUUUGUAAUAGCUUCAUGUUCAGAAGAUGCCACAGUUAAAAUCUGGGACAUCCCAAAUCAGUUGCUAAAAAGAAACAUUACCAUUCCGAAGAAAGAACUUUUUGGGCAUACUCGAAGAGUCAGUCUGAUUGAAUGGCAUCCCACAGCUGAUAACAUCCUCUUCAGCUCUGGCUAUGACUACAAGAUAAUGAUCUGGAACCUUGAUGCCACGGACACUGUUCUUUCAAAGCCAGUGAAGAUUAUUGAUGCUCACAAAGAUGUGGUCCUCUCCAUGUCAUUCAACACAGAUGGCAGUCUCCUUGCCACUGCUUGCAGGGACAGAAAGAUAUAUGUGAUAGACCCUUGUGCUGGAACAGUCCUACAGGAAGGAAGCUACAAGUCUCACAGAGUCAAUAAAGUCGUAUUCCUUGGAAACAUGAAAAUGCUGUUUUCUACUGGAAUGUCUCAGUGGAAUAAUAGACAAAUUGCAUUAUGGGAUCAAAAUGACCUUUCUGUGCCUUUACUGGAGGAGGAUCUGGAUGGCUCCUCGGGACUACUGUUUCCCAUCUAUGACUCUGACACAUGCAUGAUUUAUGUGGUGGGAAAGGGUGAUGGAAACAUACGGUACUAUGAGAUAAGUCCUGAGAAACCAUACCUGCACUACCUGAUGGAAUAUCAUUCUCACUUACCACAGAAGGGAGUUGGAAUGAUGCCAAAGAGAGGUCUUGAUGUGGCAGCUUGUGAAAUUUUCCGUUUCUACAGACUGAUUUCAACUAAAAACCUGAUUGAGCCCAUUUCCAUGAUUGUGCCUCGACAGUCGGAAUCAUACCAGGCAGAUAUCUACCCCCUGACUGCAGCAGCCCAACCAGCACUGACAGCAGAAGAAUGGCUCACCGGGAUUAACAGAGGGCCUCUCUUGAUAUCCUUGAGAUCAGGCUCUGAAGCUGUGAAGUCCCUACCACAGUUUCUUGAGCCAGAGCCCUUCAUGGAAGCUACUAACCUGAGCCAGCAACCAGGAGCGCAAGGAAGGAUGUCACUGGAGGACAAGCAGAAGCCAAGAGAGAUUGAACGUAGCAGAAAAAGGCUGAAAGUGGAGGAGAGUCUGCCAGAAGAUGAGCAAAUAUGCCUCUCCAAUGCCUUUGACAUAUCUGAGUGUCCACCACCAAAAACUGAAAAUGAGCUUUUACAGAUGUAUUUCCGGCAACAGGAAGAAAUCCGUCGACUAUGUGGAUUGGUAAUCCAGAGAGGUAUCCGAAUUAAACAGCUGGAGCAGGAGCUCAGAAACCCCUGCAUGGACACAGGCAACUACUGAGGUUGCUGGCCUACAGCUCUUUGUACCCCUGGACACAGGGGGAGACUCCAGUUCCUGCAGAUAACUCCUCCUAGGUUUUUUACUGGGGGUAAAAUUGAUAUUUCAGGCAGCAUGGACUUCCCUGGCUUGUGAUGGUCACAUUUCCCUAAUCAUCACUAGACAGUUUUUAAUAGUCUUGCUGUGCGUCUUCAGGCUCCCCUUGCUUACCUGCUCACCAAUGUCAGAAGCUUGUGUAUUAAUGCUAGUGAGAGACUUUGGAAAACCUUGCUCUUCUGGUCCUGGAGAAGCUACAUGUUAAGCUCUAGGAAUGACCUGUUUUGCUGGCCCUCCACAUGACAGGAAAAUGAGAGACUGAAGGCUUCUUUUCUUGCCCUGGGGACCAGCAAUGUGGCUCCUGUGGCUGCUGUCCCCUUGCCCAGGG